UGAAACGGAGAACAGACAAGCGGACCGCUAGCAUCCACGAUGAUAAUCCUGCCUCAUUGUCUGGACAGCAUUUGACAGGAAAAUGACAAAAGUGUGAAGCCACCUCGAAUGCUGAAAAACCCGGAUUAACCAAUACCACAGUCUCUGUAUGUGUUUGUGUUCGCCAUCAUCGAGCAUCGGAUCUUGAGGGAAACAGCAGAGGGAGCCAGAUCGGGAGGAGCAGGCUGAAGACAACAUGCCCCCCAAGUUUAAACGACACCUCAAUGACGACGAGGUCACAGGAUCCAUCCGCAGCGAGAGGAGGAACCUACUGGAGGAAGACUCUGAUGAGGAAGAAGACUUCUUUCUGAGAGGGCCCACAGGACCCAGAUUUGGACCUCAGAAUGACAAAAUGAAGCAGGUGCAGUCGCAGGUUGAUGAGGUGAUCGAUGUGAUGCAGGAGAACAUCUCCAAGGUGAUAGAGAGGGGCGAGCGUCUCGACGACCUGCAGGACAAGUCGGAGAGCCUAUCGGACAACGCGUCUGCCUUCAGUAGCCGAGCCAAACAGCUGCACAGGAGGAUGUGGUGGAGAGACAUGAAGAUGAAGAUGAUUAUUGCCUUGGUAGUCGUCGCUCUCCUGCUCAUUAUCAUCAUUCCAGUGAUCCUGCGAUAUCGCUAGUGUCUGACGAGGAGGAUGGGGGAGAACCCUUCUCUUCCUCCCCUUCCUCACUCUCUCUCUCUUCUCCGCACAUAGUUCUUCACUCCCGCUAGGGGGCGCCAGCCAGCCUCCCACACCCCCCUCAGUGUCGGCCUGUGUACCCUUUGAGAUCUGGCCUCAACUUGCCCUUAGUACAGAUCUUAUCAUUGGUUUUUCCACAUAAAUCUGCUGUGGGAUCAGUACUAAGGCUCGGUUCGAUCCCUUGGUUUAACUAAGCUAGAGAAAGGGGACACAGGACAUUUGGGGAGAUAUUUUAAAGCAGUUUUGGAGAAAACUGCAGACUCUCAGCCCUCUAGUCAAUGUGAAGGAGUGCUCCAUUCCAUGAUACAUAUCACAUGUAGGGCCUGUCUUUGCCUUGACAAGAGGGAAACUCCAGGUUGUGCAUAUUACAUCAUAUAUAGAUACUGUAAAGGCAGGGAAUCCAUGCCGACUAGCUGGUCUGUAUCUGCUGCAGCAGCCUCCUGUAACGGGGCUUUAACAUUUAGCGAACCUCAGAUGUCUACCCAUGAUUCCUCGUGUGCCGUCUUCUCACCACCUGACGUUCAAAGGGAGCAUUUUCACUCGGCGGUUCAACACAAGGCGAGGGAACAUCUGAGGUUCAUCUGCGUAGUCAAAGGUCGCUUCUUUUAAUCAUCAGAAAGGCUUUCUGAUAGAAACUUAUCAGGUAUGUUUCCUCAUCAGUGCAGGUGAUUGGAAAAGGGAUUAGAAAGGAACGCCAUCUGUUCAGACAACAUGCUGCGUAUUCUACACCAUAAAUCACCGCUUUUCCAUUCCGUCUGCCUCCUGAUAGCAUCUUAUACUGUACAGCAGGACCAUGACAAACCAAAUCAUCCAGGUUAUGAAUGUCUUCUCGCCACUCUACACCCUCAACCUCUCACCUUCCUCCUGGGUCGUGCUGAGCUCUGGGCCGGUUUUGUCACGGCUAUCCUACUUUCCUGCUCGUGACAUUAACCUGUCUGUUACUCUGCACAUGUUUGUGUUUGAGUUUAAUACCGCUUUCUGUCGUUUUUCACAGUUUUUAAGUUUUUAUUUUUGCUGGUCGCUCAGUGUGAUGCUUGUAUGAAUGCUGGUAUUUCCCACUGAAGGCAGAGUUCAUCUCUCUACUGUUACAUUAUGUUCAAGGAGGGAUAAUUUAAUAGAGCUGUGAAACAAACUUAGGUGUCAACGUGUCUGAAUUAAUUAACUUUACAAUGCAUACAACUCUACAUUGUCAUUUUAUUAUUUUUAAUGUAAUUUAUUUUAGCUGUAAAUAUUGAUUCUGUAAUGAUGUACAAUACUCUGGCAUUGGAUUGGAAGACUGUGAUAUAUUGAUCUGUUUUGCUCUGAAAUAAACUGAUUUUAACUGGCA